UGGAGAAUGUCAGGAUUCGCGAGUUGUUGUGUUCCGUUGUUCCUCGCUGAGGGACCAAGUUUCGCAUCAAGAGUGUGCGACUCAGUGGCGUCUGCAGAACCGCAUCAGAAAAGGUCAUCGCAGACGCUGUUGGCGUCAUCAGGCGUGCAAGGGUUAACUUCUGCCACUGCUGCUAAAAGUUCUCGGUGUCUUUGAGUUUGACUUUGCGGCUCUGUUUCAUGCCAUCGAUCACAGAAUGUUGGUUUGAGUCACCAGAUCGAAUUAGUUUUCUAUGACUUUCUCAAGGACACUUCAGCAGGUUGUUCCUUUCUCAUGUGUUGCGUUCAUGCAGACUGCGAUCCCAUGUCCCAAACACAUCUUCAACCCUGGUUAGUGUUGUUGGAUCUGCCAACAACAGAGCUUCUCAUUGUCGUCUACAAUUCCAAAUUUGCAAACAUAUAGAAGAUCGGCUUGGACGUUAGUGUUGCACCCAUUCAACAAGGUCUCCACAUCCUAAACAUUACUGAACCCACCAGUCAUCAGGUCUGUCUUUAUUACUGGUGUGAAAGGGAUGUAAUUAAUCUCCAUUAAUUAUAUCAAAAACUGUGACACAUCCAUCAUGUUCUGUUGAGAGCAUUAUGAGCAUUGUUCCUGUUGUCCUUGUCUGUGAUUGAUGUCCAAGAUCAUUGUGUGGAUUUGUUUUUGGUGGAAUCUAGACCUAAAUGAAUUGUGUUAAGAGCUUACUGCAGUGUGGCAAGAUUAAUGGUCAAUUGAGGUUUCUAUGACUAUUAAGUACAAAUGCGUUGCUUGUCACUGUAAAAUAAAUUGCAGAUGACUCUUUCAGCUCAUUCUCAAGCUUGAGCUGCCGUUCAGGACGUGAGAAAAUUGCUGUUCCCGAGAGCAUUAGUUAGAGUUCAUUAGUUAGAGGUCACUGAAGAAGGAAACAUACUUUUGAUCUUUAGCUUCAUGUGAAGACAUCUGACCUGACGUGCUCAAGUACGAAGUUGUGAGUGAUGUUCAGUAGCCCCCGAUAUCAAACAACCUCGUGUGAAGUUGUUGAUUUUUACCGUAGUUUCAGUGAUAUGCUAUUGAUAUCAAGUAGUAGUAGAGAGAUGAAGAAUGAAGAAGAGAAGUCACAGCCAAACUGCACAGAAGCGCACAUUCAGAGCUGGACACACACCGGGCACCUCUUCACUUCUGGAGAGACGUCACUCACUCGGCAACCCCUCCCACAUGCAGCGGCCACACACAUAGACGAACAGCGCACCUGCAGCAGACACUCUACAUUCACUCCUACAAAAGCCUAUUUUAAGGCUUGGAACGCAUUAUUUCUUUUUCCAUUCAUUGUAAUGGGAAAAAUGGAUUCUCGAACGGCCUUCUGGAACGGCCUUCUGGAACGGAUUGUGGUCGAGAACCGAGGUACCACUAUAUUUGAAUUAGAAUAUCCCAAACUGGUUUGAAAGAUGCAGUAUGUUUGUCACUUUAGUUCUUUGUCCAUUGUGAAAUGCUCUCAUACAAUACCUUUGAUGUUUGGAGCUGCCACGCUCCUGGAGCCUCUGCUAAUUCUCGGAUUGAGCAAAGCUGCGUUGACGCUUAAAAGAGAGUGAUGAUGUCACGACCAGUUGCCUCGCGAACCCGUCAAUUAGAGUCAACUAAGUCGACUAGUCAUUGCAGCCCUUAAUUGUCAACUAACUUCCUUCUGACCUUGAUUUUCCAGCACAGCUUUAAAUAUCUAAUGUUAGAUGUCAAGUUAGCGCAGCAGACUUCAGAACAGGCACACACUGAGAUGUUCUCAAAUAUCGUUUUGUUCCCGAGAUGGCGAGAAAAGAACACCAUUGAUCAGAAGAGGCCAAUAUGACUGCUCCUUCUUCCCACAUGAUGUUUUCCUCCCACUCUUUCAUCUUCAACAUCCACGCAUUUGUUCUUUUCUUCUUUCUUGACUUCUGUCAAAUAACUAAACACAACUAAGGUCACAACAGUGACAUCACAGGAUAUCUAGUGCCUGUGAGGAAUUUUAGUGUUUGUUUCUACUAUGAACAUUAACAUUUUUACCAUCAUGUAAUGAGCAGUCGUCUGCAAUCUGUGAGUCUUUUUCUGUGGAAUUGGCCACAGUACAGUUGGAUCCCAUGUGAAUAAUAAAAAUGUGUUGUAGAGGCGUGAGCUGCUUCACACAUUCUGGAGUUACCUCCUGAUUUCGUCACUCGGGGUUGUUGCAAUAUUAGGAUUCGAUUUUGGCUCUUCAGUAACGUUUCAGUGCCAGGAAUUGAUUCUCGUCCAGUAGCGAGUGAUUUCACACCUUUUCCGCAUCAAAGGGGUCGGACGGAGGAGCAAUGCUUUCAUGAAUCUCAGUAGUGGAAGAUUUACCGCUCAAAAAGGUUUAAGGUUUAAAAUUCUUAAAAUGGUCGGUUCACCCCCUCCAGCCGCCGUCCCUUGAAACACGGAAAUGUCCUUUACUGAUGUGUAAAGUAAUUUGUUCCCAGUUUGCAAAAUGUCCUAAAUGCAGCACAAUGGUUUCUCCCGCGGGAGAAUGGGCGACUCGCAUCGCAGCCACUGAACGUCAUAAGAGAAAAGCGCUAAGUUCUUUUUUUCUUUUCAACACGAUUACUGGUUAAACUGGUGCACAGUAUUGUGAUGACGCAGUUUAAGCGGCGCCAAUAUAAAUAAAGUAGAGACGAUGACACUGGGACCUGCGAAAACACCACUGUCUUACUGUGCUCAUCCUUCAAGAUUUGCUGAUAGAGGACCACAUUUGUGCCGUUGUGAAUGUAGGAGAUGAGCUUUCUGUAGGAUGGAUAACUAAGUAAUAGAGAGUAUGAAUGGGAGCCAGACACAUGGACCAAAUCAUCUCGACACGUUAUUAGACUCAUUCUCAAGUAACACAUUGUUUUGAUACUAAUAGUUGAAUACGGAAGGUGAAUACACACAAAAUAUUGUUGAAUCGUAGUUCUGAAAUUAUAAGUAUAGUAGAAUAGAAUAUAAUCACAUUAAAAGUCAUGAUGAUCAGUUCAUAAACAUAAUAAGUUCCUGGUUAAAAUGAUCAUUUGUAAAAUAUCCGCCACACCAGCAAGCAGAGAUUAUAAAUUCUAGGAUUAUUCUAGGGUUGUUUGAAGCACUUCAUGUUCAAAGCUACUCAUGUCACGUGUCUGGAUUUCUUCAGGUAAACAAGCAAGUCACUAAUAGGCAAUAACUUUGUUCCGUUUUACCAACUGUUUGAAAUACAAAUAAGACAAACGUCUCAAAAAUGCUGAGCUGGUUAAACCCUGACCCUUGGCUGACUUUGUGUCUUGACUGAGAAGAACCUUGGAUUUGCCAAUGAUAUUUAGACAUUCAAGUGAGAUUUUCUUUGUCGUUCAGUAGAUGGAUUCACUGGUGCUUAACCUGCAUAAUGAAUUACAGAUUAAACCAGCUUCUGUCUGUAAAUGUUUGUUCCAUAACGGUGCAAUUCAACUUCCAUGUGACCAGACUCACUAACAUUGAGUAUAAAUUGCUUAACUCGAUGAACAAGUCCAGACGUGGCAGUGGAAGAUGAGGACUGUCGGGAGUGAAGGUCACCUAAAGGUCAGUGUCGCAUGAGGAAGAGUCUUUGACUCGAUCAAGCUAAUAGUUUAACAUGAUUGUCCUCAACAUGGUUGGUCAGAAAUAGAAGCAGACGUGAGAGCUGCAGGUUUUUCGUCCUCUGUGUCAAGAUUGCUGAUGCUUGCAGGACGCUGGAGCGAUGCCGCAGAGAUGGUACAGUAAGUGACGGCUCCAGAGGACAAAAGUUUGAGUGUCAUUACAAGAAUCUUGUUAGUUAGACAGCAUCAGUCCCUUCUGGUCUGGAUUCUUUGACAAAACCAGUGCUCUAGACCAGGUCACAGUCUGAGGAUUGAUUAUUGGCAGAAGAGAACCAACUGAAGUCAGCUAUACUUGGUUACUGUCUGAGGCAGGCUGAAGAAGCAGUGAUGGAGAUCAGCACCAAGACAAGAUUUUGUACAUUUCUCACACGGAGCAAAUCUUUAUUUGAGGGUCUGUUUUUGGUUUUAGUGGAAACCAAAGAACUCAGUAUUCAAUCCCAGUGUUUAUAGUAUUAAUGCAGUAUUACGAAGCUUUAUUUCAUAGUGACUGAAGAAUGCCAUUGUAAAGUCUGUAUCAGUUUGAUGAAGGAGAAAGAUGCCGUGAUGGUGAAUUAUUUUGUUCCCUGCAGAGGGGCGCCAUAGUUUGCUUGAGUUGUCAUGUGACAUGUUUCAGUGGGAGGGUUUCGAACUACGUAACUCACUCUUCAGUUAGGUUCGACAGUGUGGUUCCUUUAAACAGUGGUGUCUCCUCCCAAGAAAACUACUCCACACUGACUCAGCAUGUGUAAGUGUGUUGGGGGGCGUGAUGCAUUAGGAUGGGAGGGGGAUGUCAGUAUGCUAACUGCCGCUAUGUCUGAGAGGAGGUUUGGUGCAGCAGAGAGGGGAUGCCGGCACCGAACUGGUCUCCUGGGUGGAAGAUGAGAAAGGAAGGAGGAUGGAGGAGGAGUGAGAGGACAGGAGGUAUGAGGUGUAAGUUCCAGAUGUCCCUGGGGAAGGUCUGUCCUCCAUUCCAGUUUGUUUGUGUCUGCUCUCCCCCAACACAGCAGAGCACAGAGGACAGACUGUCUAAAAACGAACCAGCAAAUGUACAAAUCCACAAGUGAAGUGGGAAAAGAACAACAGUCUUCGUUCAUUCAGCCAGGCCUCCUCUGAGGCCCAAUUCUGCGCCUUAACCUCAGUGCUGGGUGUGGGUCAUGUCCCAGUCUGGAAAAGUGCUUCAUCUUUAUGUGGAAGUCAGGUCUGCCCCAGAUCCCACAGUGGAAGGGAGGGAGGGGUGUGCAGUGGAAGAACAAGGGGUUGGUAAGGACCUCUCGGCUCCUGACAGUCCAGUGAAGCUCCUGUCUCAGAUCACAUGCCAGGCUGUCAACAAGCCCUCCAUGACGUAUCGUUCCCCUUCACGGAAUGCUGUUAACUUUCAGCAGACCUGCAGCCCAAAGGCACAGUCUCCUAAUUUCAACAAGCGUUGGAGUUCCCCCUGUGGAGGAGCCGUUUACUCCCCAAUGAGACAGUUUCACCUUUCCCCAAGAGGCCAUUCUUUAAAAACAAAUGGUGAAGGGGAAAAGAAAGUGGUCACAUUUCGUUACGUUGAGAAGUCAAAUGUAAAAACUUUGGAGAGUCCACACAAGUCUGCGUGUGACAGAGAGGUGAGAGGGGAGCCCCACACUCCGCCUCACUACCCGAAAAUACCUCGGGACUCAGUUUGGAAAGGGAGUCCCACUAAUUAUUGCAAUUCUAGUCCCAAGCAGACAUUCUGGAGGUCCCCUGGAUCUCCAGCUUUUCACCAGCAGAUUGGCCUUUGCCACUCCUCGAUGGACCACAUUGGCAGGGCAGCCACUCAACGAGCUGUGGAAGAGUUUGGGUCGCCUCUUCUGAGGAUUAAGUUGGCUCACACACUCGAGCAAGCCUCAUACUCACGCUGCAACCAACAACCACGAUGUCAGUCCUGGGCUGGAUCUCCUGUUCAGCCGCAGAAGAAGUGGGCUCACCCAAAAGAUCACCUCACUGACAAGAUCCAGGGACUCUUUGGUCUGCCUCGAAGCCCAGCCUCUAACAAGCUGUCCACCCAUUCCAAGCUGCCUUCUUAUUCAAGACCCCGGUCCACAUUAGUGGGCGACAUGAGUCCACCAUGCAACAGCACUUCUCCACAGGGACCAAGUCUUCAAAUGAGCAAUAACACCCAUGAUGGCUUGAACCAGCUAAGUGAGAGCAGAGCUUCAUCGCCCGGUCACUGCCCUCAAGUCACCUGCAGACUUGCAGAAGACAUUGCCUCCGUGUCUUCCAAACUCACACAUGCACAGAAAAACUUGCACAAUCCCUCUGAAGGGCUCAAAAGCUGCUACGCACCAAGACAACUUUGUAAUUCAACUUCAAAUGCACAACAGCUCAAAAUGAACAUCCCUUUAAACACCCAAGCAGCCAAUGAUCCGGAUCCUCACCAGCCUGACAACCUGCACUCACAUGACUCAAAUGCACGUUUGAGUAGUCAAACCCAACGAGGGAACUUUAUUCAUAACUCCUUAUUUCAAGGUUCCCCUGGGCUUCCGUCUCGAGUUCUUCGUCCUACUCAUCCACCCACUGACCUGAGCUCUCCCAUGAGGGACCCACGGCUCUCCCAGGCAGCAAUACGGACCCCAGACACCCCCACGCUGCAUCGUCGCCUGCCACCACAGUACACCGGAAACCCUUGGUCUCCCACUAAAGAGUGGAGUGAUGAUGAGAUUUUCGAAAGAGGUGACUGCACAGAGCUCGCACGUCGACUUGUCAUCAACCAGAAUGUGGAGGAGGCGCCGGUCAGCUGGACUUUGAGGCAACAGAAGGAGAAAGAUGUCACCAGCAGCUCCGGGUUUAGCAACAUUCCUCAAUCGAGAGCCAAUGGUGACCAACCCAAUGACCACCAGUCAAGACCAUGUAGGAGACCCUUGAGUCCCACUGCUCUGCAAAAACGAGCUGAACAGCGCAGAAGGGAGCUUCUGCUGUUGGGUCCAGUGGUGCUGGACUCACCCGAGGAGGACGAAGGCUGUGAAGAGGAAGGAGGGAGCCAGGAUACUGUUUCUCCAUCGGAGCAUCCGUUGCAUCUACAAGAGGACCCUAAUGGAAGGUCUUCAUCUCGCAGUUCCAGUGGAGUGACAGGAAGCAUUGGGGAGGGGGACUGUUUGUCUCCAGAGUCAAUUCAGUCUAGCCACCAGCACAACGAGACUGCAGCCACCACCUCAGGGAUGCAGGUGGACAGUGGGAGUGAAGCACCAAUUCCCUCGCUCCAUUGCCAGAAAAUUGCUCGUGCUAAGUGGGAGUUCUUAUUUGGAACCACUGCUGAAGAGGGAGCUGAGACAAGAAACAAAACAGAUCGCCUCUACUCGACAGCAUCGCCCAGUGGCAAUUCUAGUGAGUCUCCUACCCCGACUCCACCUUCCUUCCUCCCUCUUCUCUCUGCUAACCAUGAUGUGCAACAAGUGGAGGUUGAAUUGGUGACCCCACCUCCUGCGGUCAUCGGUACGUCACCCAAAACUGGCAUCAUUCGCAGGACUCUCAAGUAUUCUGAAACAGACCUGGAUGCCGUCCCACUGCGCUGCUACCGGGAGACAGACAUAGAUGAGGUGCUUCUCGCCGAACAAGAAGAUGCUGACUCUGCGUUUGGUAGCAACCGGAGUGUGCAGGGCAGUCCAAUUGGGGGGCUUGUUUCAGGAAAGGUGGAGGAUAGAGAAGAAGAUGAGGAAGAGGAAGGGAUGGUGAGCUGGGCAUCCGUGAGGAUGCAAGGAGACAACAGGAAGCAACGGUUUGCAGCUCAGGAGGACCCAGAUGUGUAUGGACACCUUCUGACAAGACCAAAAGAGACCUUUUUUGACAACCACCACCCAGCUCUGAAGUCCCCACUCUUUGUUUCUGAUGCACGUUGUGCCGUGGAGGACACCUUCAGCCGGCACUUUGAGAGCAUCAUGGAGUCACACCGGGCGAAGGGGACGUCCUACAACAGCCUGGACAGUGAGGAGAUACUCACCUCCACCACCCAGACUGUACUGACAUUUGACCUGCCUACAUUGACGCCGGCGAUCCAUGGGCCUGUGUGUCAGAGCGCAAGGCAGAUUGUCCAGCUCAGUUUCGCGCCUCUGGCGCAUGACGAGAGGCCCAGUCUGUCGGAUUCAAUAUUUACAGUAACGGGCGACUCAGACGCCACCAGGGCGCCGUCCAGUGAAAGGCUGAGCAGUGGUCCGGAUGACACACCACCCAGAGGACGAGCUGCUUUCACUCUUGGUAGCAGUUGGAACAGCAACCUGUCGUUCUCUUUACCAAGCAGGGACAAAGCCCGUCUGGCCACAGAUUCAGAGUUGGACCAUGACCUCAGUGACAGACUGGGUCUCAGCAGCAGUGACACUCUGACCAACGGCAGUAACCGGGGUGAUGCAGCAGCAGCCCAUCGUCUUGCCAAACGGCUCUACAACCUAGAUGGAUUCAGGAAGUCGGAUGUGGCACGUCACCUCAGCAAAAACAACGACUUCAGUCACAUGGUGGCACAAGAGUAUCUCAGCUUCUUCAACUUUAGCGACCUCUCUCUCGAUCAAGCUCUGCGGUCUUUCCUCUGCCAGUUUGCCCUGGUGGGUGAGACACAAGAGAGAGAGCGUGUUCUGUCACACUUCUCCAGCCGUUAUUUGUCCUGCAAUCCAAGAGUCCUUCAGUCAGAAGAUGCUGUUCACACACUCACCUGUGCCCUCAUGCUGCUGAACACCGAUUUACAUGGACAGAACAUUGGGAAGAGAAUGUCAUGCCCUCAGUUCGUUGGCAACCUGGAAGGUCUGAAUAACGGCCAAGACUUUCCAAAGGAACUGCUCAAAGCGCUCUACAACUCCAUCAAGAACCAAAAGCUUCAGUGGACUCUCGACGAGGAAGAGCUGCGGAAGUCCUUCUCUGAGCUGGGGGACAGCCUAUGUGACUCCAACACCUCCAGAACCCUGAAGCGAGUGGGCAGCAGUGGGAAGUCCCUUUCGGAGGAGGCCCAGCCCUCUGGAACUCUGUUGUACAAAAAUGGAUUUCUGGUCCGCAAAGUACAUGCCGACUCAGACGGAAAGAGAACACCUAGAGGGAAACGUGGGUGGAAAACCUUCUACGCCAUCCUCAAAGGUUUGAUCCUCUAUCUGCAGAAGGGGGAGUACCGACCUGACAAGCAGCUGUCAGACGAAGAUCUCAAAAAUGCAGUGUCCAUCCACCACUCACUGGCAAUGAAAGCUUCUGACUACAGCAAGAGACCCAACGUCUUCUAUCUGAGGACAGCUGACUGGAGAGUUUACCUCUUCCAGGCCCCGAACGCUGAGCAAAUGCAAUCGUGGAUUACCCGGAUAAACACGGUGGCAGCCAUGUUCUCCGCUCCUCCCUUCCCUGCAGCCAUCGGCUCCCAGAAGAAGUUCAGCCGUCCACUGCUGCCCGGGACCAUGAGCAAGUUAUCGGAGGAGGAACAGGUCCGGUCCCAUGAAUCUCGAUUUAGAUCCGUCUCCACUGAACUGGCAGAGCUGAGGGCCCUUCAACCUGACAGGAAGGUCAAAGGUCGCGAGGCAGAGGAGUAUCGCCAGAGAGACGAGUACCUGGAGUUCGAGAAAACCCGCUAUGGCACGUAUACCAUGCUGAUGAAAGCCAAAAUUAGAAGCGGCGAGGAAGACCUGUCAGUGUUCGAGUCCCUGCUGCUGGAGGACAACAGUCUGCAGCGGGCCCACUCCAGUCCCACGUUGCAGGACACCAGUCUGGCCAGUCAGACCAGUCAGGCCAGCAGCACCAGAGACGGGGGCAACAGCAGCCGAGCCAGUGGCUGCAGUGCUGCUAAACCCCGCUCUGAUGCUCAGAGACAAAGCUACCGGCAGGCUGUCAAGAAGUGAGGAUGGACAGGGGGCCGGGAGGCGGUUUUCAUUUCUAACCCAGGAGAGCUCUGCUUGAGGAGGGGGAGCGGGGAUCUACCCAAUACCCAACCAUGACACUCCUCCCGGCACCCCAGCAAUCUGUGGAGGAGGUGCAAAGACUUGGCAGAGCUGGUUGGGACCGGCGGGUCACUGGUGCCGCAGGGGGGCAGAGGACACCAGGUGACAGACCGCUGUGAUGCUGGAGAUUCAGACGGUGCUCGAGUUUUGGACCAGCACCAUCAGGAACAUUUUACUUGUCUUAAUUUCUUUCUCCAGCCAUCUUCUCUCUCCUGUGUUCCUGGACCAAGCCAGUUCACACUUACAAACAUUUUUUUUGUUUCAGAGAUGACCUCUUUCACAUCAGAGUGAAACUCUGUUCUGUUUUAAUGGAGAGAAAUUCAUGUUUUCAAAUAAUAGAUGCAUAUAUCAGCUCUGGCUGAUGAAACAACACUUCUGAUAAAAGCUUGUGCAGGUCAUAUUAUUCAUAAAAAAUGAAAACAUCACAUUUACAGUGCUAUUAAACUUUGGUAAGUUGGGUCUAAAUUCUGGGCCUAAUGGCGAGGGUCCAAAUCAUCCCAUUCGUUGACAAAGUAGAGCCCAUUUGUUUCUGGAGUGAAUGCAUGACUGUCCAGGCUCUCAAUGAGCGGAGUGUGUCCAGAUUUUACCCGCAUUGACAUUCCGUCCGUCGGGAGGAUGUUUCCGCUGACGAUUCUGUGGAGGCGAUGCGUCAUGACGAAGUGUCGCUGCUGGACUCGACACGUCGCUUGUGAAUCUUCUCUUCUCACUCGUCAGAAGCAACAAGUCGCAGCGUUCUCGUCAAGAUGUUUGCUUCACGGCUCUUCUUUGCUUCUGUGAUGCUUUCCUCUCCCCCGUGGCAGGACAUCGGCAGAGAUCUGCAUGUUCGCACCCCUCUCUUCUUUUGUGAGGAGUUUCCUCUGAGUACUCAUAACACUCACCAGGCAAAAGCUGAAUGUUUCACUGUUUUUACUGUGUUUGCUGGUGUUCAAGCCGCCAUCUAAGUGUACAAUGACAACAAUAAGUUCUCAUCCAGCGUUUGUUGUAAAUAACUAUAUUGUACUCUAUAUUUACAAUAUAUUCAAAACGCUAUACGCAGUCUUCUUGUGCAACGAACAUUCUUUUCCUUAAAUGUUUGUGUUUUUCAGUGAAUUCCCCUGAAUGUCUGGAGUUAGUGGCAAGAUUAUCAGACAGGUUCCAGCCCAAAGCAUCUUUCUCUGUCAUAAGCGCAUGAUUUUAAAGGUUUCAAAUUUGCAAGCUGCAUCUGAGACGCAUGAAAACAUGAAAGGGAACCGAAGCAAAUGGUUGGUUCAGUCGGAGGACUGGGCUUGGCUCAGACAGCAGUGGUCAUCAUUACUCCGGAGGGCUUCUGUAUGUGUGUGUGUAUGCUUUUAGACAUGUCCACACUACUACACUUUCUUAAUAGAAUGUCAACAUAUUCAGGAAUCCUGUGUAUUCCUCCACACGUGUGAUGUCUCAAAAAACCCUGACCUACAGAGAAUCUCUGUCUAAUACACACCUACAUCACUUGAAUAUUUUUUUUAUGAUAAGACAGCAUUUUAGAAAGAAAGUAUAGCAGUGUGAUGUGUUGCAUGUCACGGAGUGUCACGUAAAAGCUUUGGUGUCCCGUGUGAAGGCUCUUGUGUAAAGCAGAUCUUCUUGUCCCAGAUGAAACAGUCAUUGAUGAAGAAUUAUGCAACAAUGUAAUUUGUCCAUAGUAAUGCAGACAAGCACACAAAUAUAGUUAUGGUGUAAAUCUACUAAAAACGACUUUAUGUUUAUGCAAAUAAACUAUUAUUUUCUAAUUCCACAAAAACAAACUUGAGCAAACCCUAGAAAUACAUGCUCAAACAUGAUUAAUGAUGGUAAUGGUAAUCACAUCCAUGAAAAAUUCAAAUGAAACCAGAACAAUUUAAAGAUGGUUAUGGAACACAAGGGCUUCCUUUACUGCUUUUUAAUUUUUAAAUAAGUCAUAUUUUAAGUUGGAACCACAAACUUUUUGGAACUGCGAACCAGUGGAACGGCUAAUUAAACCUUGUAAAGGUUGUGGCAUAACCACAUGAUGAAAAGACGUGACGUCUAAUUGUCAAACUGACAAUUUUGAAACUUUGUCAAAACACUGUCAUGCAAUGAAAAGAAGGUAGAAGACAGCACACCUAAUUCUUGUAAUAAUAAUAAAGACACAAGCAUUUGAAUUAAAAUCACCACAAAAUAUCUGUGACCCUCACCUUAACUCUCUCUUAAGAACAGGUAUAACCUUGAAUAAAGUCCAGGGAAAAAAAUUAUUAAUUUGAUUUGACAAUCAGAAGGUUUUCUUAUCUCACACUAAUUUGUGAAAAAACCUCGGAUUGAUGGUCACAGAGAAGGAUGAGUUUCAUUAUGCUUAAUUUUGCUCACGUUUGCUCAUCUGUGUGGGAAGAUUUGACUCCACCAUCACAUGUCUCCAAGGUCUUGCACGUCCUCUGUUGUCAGCUCUAUCAGAGCUUGGAUGGUGCUGGUCGCCAUGGCACCUGUUAGCAUGGUGAUAGUUGGUUCCCCUGGUGACGGCUCAGUGAUGCUCAGGUGAAAGUCACCCUGCGGCAGCAGAGGAAGUCUUUGCAGAGGUCGCCUUUUUAUUUUUCGGAUGUAAAUAGCGCAUGAGAUGUUGCAAUGUUUAUUUAUGAUUAAAAGCGAAGGUUUAAUGUGUAAUUGUGAAUGAUGCUGCCAUCGUUUUUUUCAGACGUCCAUUUCUGUUUUGUUUCUCACUGCCUUGUUGACUCACCGAGGAGAUGAUGUUUGUUGGACUCUUUUUCAGGAACUGAUGGGAAAAUAAAACGUUGAAAUGUCAUUGUUUGAGAUUUAAUGUCAUGAGCAAAAUUCAUUUAAAAUAAA